AUGCCAGGUCGUGUCAUGCCUCCUCCCUUCCGCUUGUCUAGGCUCUUCUCCCAUCACAUAUCGACUCGGCAUCCCUUCCAGUUCCCGUCCGUGUUCUUUUGGCACUUUGCCCUUGUCUCCGUCAGGUACGGUACGCCUCAUCGACGCCUCAAGCCACAGAGUCCCAUUACUUCCCCUCCAUGUACAGCCCGCUACUUGCUUCUAGUCAGCCUUAGCGCGUCAUCGUGGAGAGGUCCCUUUGUGAAGUCGUUCCCCCGUCUCCCGGGCCUUGAAAAGCCACGGCCACCGUCACUACCCACCGUCUAUUGCCUGACCGCCGGCAUUAACAAUCAUCAGCGGCAUCGGCAGGGGCAGUGGCAAUGGCAGAAGCAGCAGCGGCGGCGUACAGCAGUACAAUGCAAUGAACACCUCUUCGUCAAGUAG